AUGAACUUAUCUAUAAGCACAAGUCACAGCUUUGAAGAAAAUGGUGAUAACUCAGAAAAUUUUGAUUUUUCAAAAAAUUCGAAUAGUUUAAAAAAAUUGAAUGAAAAUGAAUAUCACACAAACAAUUACUUAAAUGUAAAACCAAAGGAAUGUUUUAAUGAUUAUGAAAUAAAUGAAGCAAUAAAAUCGGACAAAUCUCUUGAAAAAUCACUUAAUAAAAAUGAUAAAUUAAAAAAUAAUACAAAAGUUGAAUAUAAUGAUAAAGCAUGCUAUUUCUUUGAUUAUAUGGAAAGAAGAAAUAAAGAAUUCGAAGAAAUGAAAGAAGAAAGUGAUUUUUAUUCAUGUAAUUUAAGCGAAGAAAAUGAAUAUUCAGUAAAGGAAUAUAAACAUAAUUUGGAAAAAAAAGAGAUAAAUACAAAAGAAAUAAUAACAGAUGACGAAAUAGAAAAAAUCGAUGUAAAAAAAAAAGUCGAAACAAAAUUUGAGAAUUCCCAAAAAAUGGAAUGUACAAAAGAAUAUGAUGAAGAAACAGACACUAAGAUAGAACAUGAAAAAAAAAAUGCACAAAUAUUUAAAGAUGAUUAUGAUUUACCUAGUGAAUAUUAUAAUAUAUUUAAUAAUGAAUUCAAAUUAUCAAAAAUUAUGAAAAUCAAUGAUGAAAAUAAAUCCGAAACUUACCAUAAAUUUCCUGAAUGUAAUUUGAGGUAUGAUGAAAACAUAAAAAAAUUAAGAGAGGAAAAUGCUAAUAAACUUAAUUCAAAAUGCGAAAAGUUUUGUGAUUUUAUUAAAAAUGAAGGAAUCCAUCCAAAAAACGGAUAUAGCAUGGAUAAAAGAAAAAUCUUGCAUAGUAUGUCUUCGAGGACAUGCAUCCCAGACAAGGAAAAUAUCAAAACAGUGCAAAAAAAAAUUCGGCCAUUCUAUUUGUGUAAUAUGAAAACUAAUUGUUCAUAUUCUAACUGUGAUAGUGAAAGAAGUGUAAAAGGCGAAUCACAAGAAAAAUUAGGAAAUGAAACAGAAAAUGAGCAAGAAAUAGUGCAUAUUAAAAAGGAUAGUAAUAGCACAAUUUCCAAUUUGAGACGAGGCAGUUUAGAGAUUUUUAAUAGCGAGCCAUAUAGUAAUGAUCUUUAUAUUUUAGAAACAAGUCCUCAAAAUAGAAAUGAAUCUAAAAAUGUUUCUUAUAAUAAAAAGGAUAAAAUUAAUAACUAUAGAAGCCUAAAAAGGGGAAUUAAAUCAUCAAUAAUUUCAAAUAGAAGUUAUAAUUCCGCAUACCACAAUGAUAAUAAAUAUGAUAUAAAAAAUAGUUUAAAGGAAAAAAUUAGUAAUUUUAAUGAAAGAUCACGUAAAUUUUCUUUAUCGAAUCAAGAAAAUUAUAUAAAAGGUAAAUAUAGUUCAUAUAAAAAUAAAGAUUUAAAUUUAUUACCAAAAAGAGUUGAUAUAUAUAAUAAAAAUGAAUACUACAAAAAUGCCAUUAACUUAAAAAAAAACAAUGAUAAUAAUAUAAUAAAACCAACCAAAGUAAUAAGAAACCAACAGGAUUUUUCUGUUGGAAUGAUUAAUGGGGUUAACAAAAUUGAUAGACGAAUAAAUACAAAACGAAUACAUAGCAUUUGCACAAAUGGAAAAGAUGAAAAAAUAAAACUUCCAAUUUUCAAAGUCAACUCAAUAAGACAAAAAAACAAUUUUGAUUUUGAUGCAAUGUUAGUAAAGGAUGGUCAUGUCAUUCCACGAAAAAAAAAUUUUGUAAAAGAAGCUUUUCAUAUGUAUAAAUUAUAUAAAGAAAAAUAA